CUUCAAAGCAUCCCGCAUGCUCAACUCGUGGACGACGGUCUGCAACUUUGAUCACCUUGAGUCGCUCAGCGAUUAUGUCGGUCAUUACCUGAACUGCGAUCUCGAUUUAUAAUGUUAGAAAUAACAGAAGUACGGAUGACGAUGAUAUUCAGCAGAAGCUUGAGGGGCCCUCAGGCCAACUUGCUGAGGGUCGGCCUGGCCCGUGGCUAUAGCAGCAAACCGCUCGUCCAGCACGUCACGAGUGUAGACACUCCUCACGAGAGCAUCGAGGUGGCGCGAUUCAGGGAGCUGGCCUUCGACGCCGGCGUGCCUCUGCUGCUGAAAGCCUCACACGAUGGACCUGCCACUGCCAGCAUGCCCGCAAUGGAGAAGUGGUUCCAGCCCGUGUCCGACGGUCAGGGAUCACCCGCGGCAGACACGGUAUCUUCUUAUUUCCAGGACUUCGCCAUGGCUUAUUUGCCCUACGAGCUCAUGUACCCGCAAAAGCGUGAGGGCGGCAACGAGCUUGUCGGCCAGUUCAUGAGUUUCCUCCAGUCCGGCAGCGUCCAGUCCGGCAGGGCGGACACCGCGGAAGCGAGACUCGAGCAACAUCUCGCCAGCAUUCUGAGGCAAAAGAUCACGGAGGCACCCCCCGGGCUCGGACGUCCCUUUCUCGACCCCAACCGAUACCAGCAGCUCCUGCGCUUCCAUGCGCCCCUGGCGCUACUCAUCGCCGCGCUGAGGCACAACGCCCAGAGGAAAGGAUCCUCCCGCCUGCGGCAGCUCUACAUAGCCCAGUGCUCCCUGGCCGACCUGCCCCGGGAGCUAUCAGAGGACCUCCCCACGCCGCGCCUCGUGAGGGAGGCCGGCAACGGCGACAUAUACGCCUCGUCGGUCUGGCUGGGGCUGGAGCCGACAUACACGCCGCUGCACCGGGACCCGAACCCGAACCUGUUCGUGCAGCUGCGCAGCUCCAAGACCGUCCGCCUGCUCCCGCCGCACGAGGGGCGCGCCGUGUUCCGCGAGGUGCAGACGGCGCUGGGCCGCACGAGCGGCAGCUCGCGCAUCAGGGGCGAGGAGAUGAUGCAGGGGCGUGAGAGGGAGCUGCUUCACCAGGCCGUCUGGACGGCCCCCGCGGCGCCGCUGCGGGAGGCGGAGCUGGGCCCCGGCGAUGCGCUGUUCAUCCCCAAGGGUUGGUGGCAUAGUGUGAGGAGUCGGUCUGACGACGGGCAGCUGAAUGGGUCUGUGAACUGGUGGUUCCGGUGACGACUGGGAUUCUUUGCCAUAAUUGUCGGUACUGGUCUGACAGAAUCGCGUGUCAACCCGGACUUUGGGCAUUCUGUCACACGUGGACUAUAAAAACGACAUGCUGACACCUGUCUUAUAUUCUUGAAUGGUUACUCAUAUACCACUGGCGCAGAUCCCGGAUCUCGAGACGGAAUACUGGAGCGGGAGCCAUAGCCAGCACAAGACACCUUACUUAUCUUGGCCCAAGAAAUUGGUCCUCGACAUUUUCAAUACGUAAUAAAACACUGUGAGGUGCAGUUUUUGAGGAAAGGACGACACGCGCAUUAUUCAUUGCUUGUGGAGGCCCGGCUUUAAUUAGGUCAGUCAAUAGAUUCCGACAUUGUAGAUAUAGCUGUCACCGUGUGAUUCCGCACUACACAUGAUUACAAUGAAAAGGAUGUGAAGAUGAAUUU